AUGGUUGAUUCGGUCGAGAAAGAGACGGACAAAGGUCGAAAUUUGGUGAAAAUGCGACAAAAGAAUGGAAAACUAAUUCGAUUUCUUCUGAAUUCGCAAGGCGAAGCGGACGAUUUGUGCACUUCCGUUCAGCUUUGUGGAAUGAUCAAGUUUACCGACACGCAUCCUUUUUACUAUAACCCGCCGAGAAAAUAUGAAGAGCUCAAGAAACCCAAUGUUUUAGGGACACAGGCUUGGUUUGCUUCGCUGAGAAACAAGCGCUGGCGACUUUUCGAGAAGAAUCAGAAAUUCGAUGUCUGCUCUAGCUACCCUAAAUAUCUCGUUAUUCCUGCCGCGGUCAAGGACGAUCUAAUUCUCAAAUCUGCCAAGUUCCGCGAUGGCGGACGGUUUCCUGUUCUUUCUGCUCUUAUCGCUGUUGGAGAGCAGAAACAAACAGUUCACAAUCCGCUUCUCCGCUGCAGCUCGAUCGGAUUCAUGGAUGCUCGGAACAAGCAAGACGAGGAGAUCUUCAGGUUGAUUUCGAAUGGACAGAAGAGCGUGCUGAUUGACAUUAGACCGAAAUCCAUGAUUCAAGAGCUGAGAAACAAGCGCAAGGGCUUGGAAACAGACUCUUAUUACCCGCUGUAUAAGAAAGAGUAUCCAGAUCUUAUGAAUCGCUACUCGGUGCACACAAGUUUUUGCAAGGCCUGGGAAGCCAUGUCCGCCAAGAGUGACGAUUUCCUCGAUAAACUUCGGAAAUCAGGCUGGCUCGCUGCAGUGGACACGACUCUUUGGGUCGCUUCGAUGACCGCUCAAGCUGUUCGACAGGCACCCGUGAUUGUUCAUGGCGGAGAUGGAGUGGACAUGACGUUGGUUGUCACUUCGUUGACGCAGAUUAUCCACCUUCCUGAAGCGAGGACGCUUGUCGGAUUGCUUUCUAUCAUUCAACGAGAGUGGAUUGAAGCCGGCCAUCCCUUUUUUGAGCGUCAUCAGCGCUCUGCCUGGGCGCAUAAAAACACUAUCACCGGAAAAGAAGGAUCAACGUUUUUCCUCUUUUUACAUGCUGUUCAUCAUCUUUUGCUGACACACCCUCUUCAUUUUGAGUUCAACUCAUCAUUCCUCCUCCGCCUCCACGACAUCUCUAUCACUUCCGAAUUUGGCAAUUUCAUCGGCGACAGCGAAAAAGAACGAACCCUUGCCGGUGUUACCAACAAAACCUACUCAAUCUGGCCCGUUUUAGCCGCAGAAGAGUCCUUCAAAAAUCCACUUUAUGGAGAAACGCAGAUGACGCCCGCAUGGCCACUUGGACCGUCAGAUUUGUGGAGACAGUACUGGUGUCGAUUUCAGCACUCGAGCUCGAGCAAGAAGGAUGAUAUUCUGGAUCUGCAAAUGGCGAGCUUGAAGAAAUUGAAAAUGGAAAACGAAGCUUUGAAAUUAAGAAUGACGGAACUGGCUCAACUUCAGCGAGCAGCCAGAUGA